CGAUAUUGUUCAGUGAAAUGAGGUGGAAAAGUAGUAGUAGAUUGCAAAAGUAGGUUCCUUCUUCCUACUUCCUUAGGACUCCUUGUGUUAGAAUCAGCGUACCAAACCAAACCAAACCAAACUUAGCCAUUUUCUUUACCCACUACACGAUCACCAUCCCUAACCUUAACCCACACCAAUAAUGUAUAUGCCACUCCACACCAUCAACAGUACCAGAUACUAUUCAAUCUAAAGAUACAGACACCAUAAUAGACAACAACAUAGCACAAACAAACACAACAUCACACGUUUCUCAUUUCCUUUAAACCCGUUGGUUUGUGUUGCAACAGUCUUUUGUUCUUUCUACUUCUACAUAUAACAAGUAACAUACCCUUUUUAGCUUCUACAACCUUCAAUGGCCACUUCUCUUCUUUUCUUCAUCGCUUGUCUCUCUCUUCUACCAUCCUCUUAUUGCUCUCCUUUUCCACCUUCUGCUUCCUUUCUCUAUGAGCUUCAAUCUCAGUGCUCCCUUGCCGUCUCCCCUGACCCUCCUCUUCGGGUGGAUGGGAAUUUCAUAGAAGGGGUUUUGUCUGGCAGAAAGAGGGUUGGAUACAUUUCUAUACUCUUCUAUGCUUCCUGGUGUCGUUUUUCACGCAGAAUGCUUCCUGAAUUUGAGAUUCUUAGUUCCAUGUUUCCUCAAGUACAACAUGUAGCACUUGAGCAAUCUUCUGCUUUGCCCAGCUUAUAUUCAAAAUAUGGAAUCCAUAGCUUACCUGCAAUCUUACUGGUGAACCAGACAUCUAGGGUGAGAUAUCAUGGUCCAAAAAAUCUCAACUCCCUUGUAGAAUUUUAUGAGAGAAACACAGGAUUAGAAGCCAAGGACAAUGCUGUUGUUGGUCAACCGAGCAACUUUUUGAGUGAUGAACAUUCAACUAUGAAGGGCUUCUCCCUCAAAGAAAUAUUUAACAGGGAACCUUACUUGGCAUUAUCUAUAUUGUUUCUCUGUUUAAGGAUUAUUCUCUUUGUAUUUCCCACGAUUAUGCCACGCCUCAAAGCAUUCUGGACUUCCUAUGCUUCUCAUUUGAACUUGCAAAUAUUUGGCCAAGUGAUGGAACGUGUUCUUAAUGUAAUUGAUGUCAAGAGGAUUUGGACCAAGCUAAGACUAUGCAAGACCAGGAACUUUCAUGAAAGGGUGAGGAGCGCCCGGGUUUGGGCAUCAUCACUUGCUUCUGUUUCUCUUGGUGGCUCAUCAGCUAGGUGAUGGUCUCAAAUCUCAAUGUUUGAACUAACCAUGUUGUUCUAGUCAUUUUGAGGGUAGUGAAGAGUUUAUCAGAUAAAUCUUUUGCACAUAAACUCUUGUUCUCUUGCUAAUUUUGUUAGUAGUUAAAAAGGUGUUCAUGUCUGAGUUGGACUUUGGGAGAAAGUGAAUAGGCAUGUAAACUCAAGCACAUCUUUCCUUCUUUGUAAAUUCUGAAUGUAUACACACACGUUUUCUAAGUUUAAUAAAAUGUUUCUUUUUAUUUGUUUA